AUGAGUUUGACUCAGAAGUUGCUGCUUCUGCUUCUACUCGUCUUGAGUAGCCGUCAUGUUGAUUCUGGCUCUAUUGUCAAGUUUCUUCCUGGUUUUGAAGGCCCUCUUCCAUUCGAACUCGAAACCGGGUAUAUUGGUAUUGGUGAGGAAGAGAAUGUGCAAAUGUUCUACUAUUUCAUCAAAUCUGACAAGAAUCCAAAAGAAGAUCCUCUUCUAAUAUCGUUAAAUGGAGGACCUGGAUGCUCUUCUCUCGAAGGCCUGCUUUUAGAGAACGGACCUUUGGGUUUCAAGGAUGAGAUUUACAAUGGAAGUGUUCCUACUUUGGUUUCUACUGCAUAUUCAUGGACAAAGGUGGCGAAUAUAAUAUUCGUGGAUCAGCCUGUUGGAGCUGGCUUCUCCUACUCAAAAACUCCACUUGGUAAAACGAGUGACACAAGUGAAGUUAAGAAGGUUCAUGAGUUUAUUCAAAAGUGGCUAAGUAAGCAUCCAGAGUUUUAUUCCAAUCCAUUUUACGUUUUUGGAGAUUCUUAUGCCGGUAUGAUUGUUCCAGCUCUCGUUCAAGAAAUCUCAAAAGGAAAUUAUAUAUGUUGCAAACCUCUUAUAAAUCUACAGGGUUAUGUGCUCGGAAACCCAAUAACAUAUACUGAAUUUGAGACAAACUAUCGUAUUCCAUUUGCUCAUGGAAUGUCACUAAUCUCUGAUGAACUCUACCAGUCACUAAACAGAAUCUGCAAUGGAAAUAUCGGAAAUGUGGAUCCACGUAACGCAGAAUGUUUGAAACAUGUUGAAGAUUUCCAUAAGUGCACUGACAAACUAAAUACACAACAUAUAUUAAUACCUAAUUGCGAUGAAGUAAAUACACAACUUACAUCUCCUGACUGUUAUUAUUAUGUGUAUUUUCUUCUUGAAACCUGGGCCAACAACGAGAGAGUUCGAGAAGCUCUUCAUGUUAAUAAGGGGACUAAAGGACAGUGGCAACGAUGUAAUUGGACUAUUCCAUACGAUAACAACAUUAUAAAUAGCAUACCAUAUCAUAAGAAUAACAGCAUCAGCGGAUACCGAUCUCUAAUUUAUAGUGGUGAUCAUGACAUUACAAUGCCUUUCCAAGCAACUCAAGCUUGGAUAAAAUCUCUAAAUUACUCCAUCGCUCAUGAUUGGAGGCCUUGGAUGAUAGAAGCUCAAAUCGCUGGAUACACGAGAACGUACGCCAAUAAAAUGACAUUUGCUACUGUUAAAGGAGGUGGUCACACGGCAGAGUAUAAACCAGACGAGACCUUUCUCGUGUUCCAAAGAUGGAUUAGUGGCCAGCCUUUGUAA